CGCGGCGAGGCGCAUAGGAGAAGAGAGGGAGUGCGGGGCGCUCCUCGGCGGCGGGGAGCCUCCAGGACCUCACCAGCCGGUCCCCUCGCAGCGCCCGGCUCGCACUCACGGCCCCUCCCACCCUUCGGGUCCCCUCCCGAGACCACGCCCCUUCCACGGCCGUUGCCCCGCGCUUCCGCUUCCGGCGGCGCUGGUGGUGGUGUGCGGCGCGGCGUGGCGAUGGCGGCGGGUGGCAGCGAUCCGCGGGCUGGCGACGUAGAGGAGGACGCCUCACAGCUCAUCUUUCCUAAAGAGUUUGAAACAGCUGAGACACUUCUAAAUUCAGAAGUUCAUAUGCUUCUGGAACAUCGAAAGCAACAGAAUGAGAGUGCAGAGGAUGAACAGGAGCUCUCAGAAGUCUUCAUGAAAACAUUAAACUACACAGCCCGUUUCAGUCGUUUCAAAAACAGAGAGACCAUUGCCAGUGUUCGUAGCUUGCUACUCCAGAAAAAGCUUCAUAAGUUUGAGUUGGCCUGUUUGGCCAACCUUUGCCCAGAAACUGCUGAGGAGUCCAAGGCUCUAAUCCCAAGCUUGGAGGGACGGUUUGAAGAUGAGGAGCUGCAGCAGAUUCUUGAUGAUAUCCAGACAAAGCGCAGCUUUCAGUAUUAAUCUCCAAACAUCACUGCUGCUCGGAGAAACCACGUCCCCAGGCAUAACACCAUCUUCCCAGGGUCUGGGGCUGACUUGUACAGAUAUUCUGUUGAAGACAGUUGAGAAUUCCUUUGGAGAAAACAGCCCAGCUUGGCAUGGGGUUAGGUUGCUGUUUCAAGUAACUCAUAGGCCCAGGUGACAUGGAAUCUUGGAGCAGCCUUGUGCAGUGGCUGCCAGUGGCUUCUUGAACGUGCCUCUGGGAAGUGUGAGAUGGGGGGUCACAUAGGCCACACUAUUGACUACCUCAUUCAUGGUUUUUGGCCUCCACAUCAUCUUUUUUCUUAAUAUUUCAUGUUUUAAUUUCAGUGUGUUUAUACUUUUUGAAACUAGACCAGAACAUAGUAGACUUCAUAGAGAAAGACCAGUUUUACCUAGAUGCUAAAGGAAGAAUUAAACCACUGUUAGUUUGAAAUGCUUUUUUUUUUUUUAAUGGAGAUAGGGUCUUAACUCUUGCCCAGGCUGGAGGAGUGCAGUUGUACAGUCAUGGCUCACUGAAGCCUUGACCCCCCUGCCUCAGCCUCCCAAAUAACUGGGGCCACAGAUGUGCACCACAACUCUCAGCUAAUUUUUAAAAUUUUUUAUAGAGAUGGGGUUUUACUAUGCUGCCCAGACUGGUCUUAAACUCCUGGGCUCAAGUGAUCCCCCUGCCUUGGCCUCCCAAACUGGUGAGAUUACAGGCAUGAGCCACCACAACUGGCCUGAAAUUCUUAAAGGAUGAGAGUGUCGAUGACAGAGUACCUUGGCAUCUUUGUGCCUAACCUGGGAGACGGAAGAAGCACACCAUGGGAAGUGUUUACACUUGGGGACAAGUGCUAAGUAUUGUGGAGCCCAUAGCCCCUUGAAGUAGAUGGCUACUUUGCCUUUCUUCUUGAACUGUCUUGCAGAAUGUGGAUUUGGAGUAAGUGGUUUUGAAGGAUUCAUUUAGUCACCCUCAAAUUAAGAUUUUUACUUCAUCUUUCUUGGGCCUGCACCUCCAAGAUAACAAAGAAGAAAUAAUGGUCGUGCCAAAGAGGUCCGCAACCAGGUGUGCGCUGUUCACUGCAGCCCAUUUGCUGCACGAACUGUGGUUGAUGUGUGCCCAGUGACAAGGCUAUUAAGAAAUUCAUUAUUUGAAACAUAGAGGCCGCAGCAGUCAGCGACGUUUCUGAAGUGAGCAUCCUUGACGCCUGUGUACUUCCCAGGCUGGAUGUGAAGCUACAUUACUGUGUGAGUUGUGCCAGUCACAGCAUGGUAGUCAGGAAUCGAGCUCAUGAAGCAGGCAAGGACCGAACACCUCCACCCCAAUGUAGACCUGCAGGUGCUGCCCCAUGACCCCCACCAAAGCCCAUAUAAAGAGCAGAAUUGCUAAGGACUGAAGAAAAAAACUUCUCUGGAGAAAAAUAAAAUUGCAAUUGUACUUUAAAAAUUUUUUUUUUUUUUUUUUACUUCAUAGGCCAGGCUUGAAGUUCUGAACACUUUGAAGUCUCCAAUUAUGAGGGAUCCAGUCAGCCUCUGGCCUGCUACUUAGCAAUAAGUGCUUUAUUCCGAAGGAGGGAGUCAGCCACUCUUGAGCCACUGCAGUGAAGUCACUUGAUCUCAGUCUGGGGGAAAACACUUUAAUAGCUAAGCAUUCUAGCUUUGAUUUUUCUGAAGGGAAUACACUUGUUUUCAAUUUUGGGGUUUUUCUUUGGGGCACUUGCUUGACUCUAUAUGAACUUGUGAUCCAAGGAAAAAGGAGAAAGAACAAUGUUGGCUUUUAAAGUCAGGAUGGUUUUAUAUUUGCUACGAAAUAAGGCAAAAAUAAAGAAUUCUUAUUUUUUAUUUAUUUAUUUAUUUUAAGAUAGAGUCAGGCUCUGUCACCCAGGAUGCCAUGGCACAAUCUUGGCUCACUGCAACCUCUGCCUCCUGGGUUCAAGUGAUUCUCCUGCCUCAGCCUCCCAAGUGGCUGGGAUUACAGGCACCUGCCACCACGCCCGGCUAAUUUUUUGUGUUUUUAGUAGAGACGGUUUCACCAUGUUUGCCAGGCUAGUCUUGAACUCCUCACCUCAAGUGAUCCUCCCACCUCGGCUUACCAAAGUUCUGGGAUUACAGGCGUGAGCCACCAUGCCCGGCCAAUCUUUAUCCUUGAGCAACUUCGCUUCUUUGAGCCUCAUUGGUGUUCUCAAUUGUGAAAUAUGGAUAAUAAUAGUAUCUGCGCCAUGGAUAUUUUGAUAAGGUUGAAUAAAGAGGAAAUUACUACAAA